CGUGUGAUUCUAUGGAUUCCGUAGGAUUCACAUGCUGUGUUUUUCUUUUGAGAAAAUUUAUUUUCUUUUUCCAAAAUGUUGCUAAAUAAAUUGUGUAGCUCACAAUUUAGAAAUGGAAUUUUACGUUUAACAAGUUCAAUGAGAUCACUGAGUGUUUCAACCCAACUUUCUUCCAAAAUUACCCCGGAAGUUGUUGCGGCGAAAAAGGAUUUGACCACAGAAGGGAUUAGCAAUCAAAAGAUAAUUGAUAGAGUUAAUCAGCAAGUAAUAUCCCGUGAGGAGGGUCGUCUCUUUGCUGUGGUUCACUUGUGCGGCAAACAGUUCAAAGUCACAUCCGGAGAUAUCAUUGUUGUUGAGGGCGAAUGGCCACCGGAUGCGGGUGAUAGAGUUCGUUUGGAUAAGGUACUCAUUGUUGGUGGGAAAGAUUUCUCAUUGAUCGGUCGACCGAUUGUACAGAAGGACCUAGUGGAUGUCCAGGCGACAAUUAUUGAGAAAACCCUCAGCCACACACGUACACAUUUUCGAAAGAGAAGAAGGAAGCAAUAUCAACGAAUUAACUUUGCCAGAAGUUCCAACACGAUGAUUCGCAUUAACUCCAUCGACAUCAAAGGGAGAGUCAAUGAAGACAUCAAACCAGAGCCAGAUAUACCCAGAAUAUUUUAAUUGUCAAUGAGGCUCAGCUUUUCUCAUUCUUAUUAAAAUACAAAUAGUGAUU